UCGGUACAUUUCCAGAAUGUGAAACUAAAAUGGCGGGAGUUGAAGGGCUUUCCCUGGCGCAGGUUGAAAAGUACAAAACAGAUGGCUUUCUAGUCAUCGAAGGAUUCUUCACCCUCGAUGAAGUGGAAGAAAUGAGAAAUGCAAUGCAUGACAUUGUGGAAGACAUGAAUUUGGACGAUCACCCAAGAAGCAUCUUCACUACCGGUGACAACCAGACGAAGCUUAGAGAUGACUAUUUUAUGACAAGUGGAGACAAAAUUAGAUAUUUCUUUGAAGAAGGAGCUUUCAAUGAUAAAGGUGAACUUAUCGUGAAAAAACAUAAUGCCAUCAACAAAGUUGGUCAUGCACUUCACGCUUUAAAUCCAGUGUUUAAAAAAGUCACAUUCAACAAGAGAAUAGAGGCUAUCGUCAAGUCAAUUGGAUUUAAACAUCCAGUUGUCCCACAGAGUAUGUAUAUUUUUAAGCAACCAGGAAUUGGUGGAGAAGUCUUUCCUCAUCGAGACUCCACCUUUCUGUAUACGGAGCCACCCAGUGCCUUGGGUUUAUGGAUACCGCUGGAAGAUUGCACUCUGGAAAAUGGCUGCCUACAGUUUGUUCCCAAAUCUCAUAAUGAUGCAUUAAAGCGUCGUUUUAUAUGUAACCCUGAGCCUGACAGUACCCCAACCGUUUUUAAAGGACCUAAAGAAGAAUUUGAUGACAAGGACUUCAUUCCACAGUUUACAAAAAAAGGUUAGUCAUUGACACAAUACUAAUGUAAUAUGUAGAAAGCAAGCAGUCCAUGCAGACUUAUUUUUGAGCAAGAAGACAAAGACCUAAGUAAGCAAUUUCUGUCAGAUAUAUUUAUCAUCCCAGAAAGGGACACUAUCACAAUGAUUUUGCUGCACUUUUGGUCAAAGCAGUGCUUAAAUUUUAAUGCCGCACAGUUUGCUGCACAUUUCUCUAACCAGAUGUAGCAGCCUGUGAUGGACUAGUAUCCCAUCCUGAGCUGAAGCAAUACUUCUACUUAGUUCUUUCAUGCUAUAGAAAUUGGUUACAAAGUUUAUUAAGUGGUAGUCUGAUAAAGCAUGUUAUAUACAUGGUACAGUGUAUACCUGCCAAUUCUCAUGCCUACAUGUACAUACCAAUUCCUUGUACCUUGCUGAAAACUUUAUGCUAUAUUUGGGAACUUAACUGAUUCUUUCAAAGAAAAGUACAGUUCCCCGAUUCUCUGAUUUUCAAGAGAAAGUGCUGAGAAUACUUUUUGUUAGUUACGUUUGAUCAUGUCUGGUGAAACACAUCUUGGGCCUGGGACAAGGAAAAGUCUUCAGAAAUCUUCAGAAGUCUUGGGAUAUGGUUGGGUAAUACUCAAAAUUAUUAUAUGGCUGUGUCUCACAAGGACUGGGAACUACCGAAUUCACAAAUUUG